AUGGCAGAUACGAUUAGACGGGAAUACCCCAACACGCCACUGAGGCUGGGACUAGCAAUACCUGGAAUCUUGCAUGUGGAGAAAUCACCAAGUCAAAUUGACUUUGCCAAAGCAUUGGACAGCUUCAAAGUCAACUCCAUCGGCCCACUGUUGCUCAUGAAGCAUCUCUCUCAAUUUAUCCCCGCCAAAUCCGCACAGGCGUUUACUGCAGACGCCGCAAGCUCCCAUGACUCAUUGCCAUUGCCCUCACAUGCCAUCUAUGCCAUGAUGGCAGCCCGCGUCGGCUCGAUUUCCGACAAUGCCUCGGGCGGAUGGUAUUCAUACCGCGCGAGCAAGGCCGCUGUGUUUCAACUGGCCAAGUCUUUUGAUUUGUAUUUGCAGACUAAGAGUGCACAGAGGGCGAUUGCCGUAGCACUGCAUCCUGGGACUGUCCAAACGGAUUUCACCAAGGACUUCUGGGGAGGGAGGGAUAUGUUGGAACCGAUCGAUGCAGCUGGGAAGCUGUUGGAGGUUCUUGCGAGGUUGCCAUCGGAUGCAAAAGGAGGGAGAGGAAGGUGUUGGGAUUGGAAGGGGGAGGAGGUUGUGCCGUGA